CGUCUUGUCGGGCCAACUCACCCGCCGAGCCGACGACCGAGAAACGAAUGUCUCCUCGCCCUCUUGCUCGCCAUGUCUGGCUCUUCCAGUGUCGCCGCCAUGAAGAAAGUGGUUCAGCAGCUCCGGCUGGAGGCCGGGCUCAACCGUGUGAAAGUUUCCCAGGCAGCUGCAGAUUUGAAACAGUUUUGUCUGCAGAAUGCUCAACAUGACCCCCUGCUGACUGGAGUAUCUUCGAGUACAAAUCCUUUUAGACCCCAGAAAGUCUGUUCCUUUUUGUAA